UGGCCGCGGUGCCUGCCGGGAAGCGUAGUCCGCCGGCGACCCCGGUGCCGGCGCCGGUCCCGCUCCCGAAUGGCGGCGGCAGCGCGGCGGCUGCUCUCGCUGCUGCUGCUGCCGCUGGCUUGGACCCGGCCCGCGGGCUGCACCGACCCGCCGGGCGGCGGCUGGCUGGCGGGCACGGUGCCGGAGGAGGAACGGUGUACCGUGGAGCGGGCCGACGCUUCCCUCACCUACUCCCUCUUCCUGCAGCGGUUCGCCUUUUCCCGGCCGGUUAUCCUCCGUGGGGUCACGGACAACUCGGCCUUCCGUGCCCUCUGCACCCGGGAGAAGCUGCUGGCGGCCUUCGGGGCCCGCCCGGUGCGGCUCAGCACGGCCAACACCUACUCCUACCGCAAAGUGGAUGUGCCCUUCCAGGAGUACGUGGAGCAGCUGCUGAAGCCGCAGGAUCCGGCCAGGCUGGGCAGCGACACCCUCUACUUCUUUGGGGACAACAACUUCACCGAGUGGGGCCCCCUCUUCCAGCAGUACGUGCCCCCCGCCUUCGGCAUCCCGGGCACCAGCCCUGCCUACAGCUUUGGGAUUGCAGGCUCCGGCUCCGGUGUUCCCUUUCACUGGCAUGGCCCCGGUUACUCCGAGGUGAUCUUUGGCAGGAAGCGCUGGUUUCUGUACCCGCCGGAUAAAACACCCCACUUCCACCCCAACGAGACGACGCUGGCCUGGCUCCACCGCACGUACCCUGCGCUGCCGCUAGCUGAGCGGCCGCUGGAGUGCACCCUCCGCCCCGGGGAGGUGAGUCCGACCCCUGGGCUGUGGGAGGAGGCAGGGAGUAGACCCAGGAGCCCGUGGGAUCCCCCGCCGCUCUCUCCCGGUAGGUCCUGUACUUUCCUGACCGCUGGUGGCACGCCACGCUCAACCUGGACACCAGCGUCUUCAUCUCCACCUUCCUGGGGUAGAGCCGGCAAGGCCGAGGAUGUGCCACCGUCGUCCUGGCUGCGCCGCUGUCCUGGCUGCGGUGAGAGCGUGCCGGGGCGGCAGCUCCGGCUCCUGCCACCACCAGGGAAGGGCAGAGCUAGCAGCCACCCACUCAACUACUGGUGUUGGGACCAAGUGCCUGAAGAAAUUCUGGUUUUUACUGGUCUUUUCCCUCCCCCUUGGAUUAAAGUUUUUUUUUGCCAUAGCUCAUUGCGUAUUGCUACUUCCCCACUGCUACCAGAGUGCAGGCAGGACAGGCAGCAGUGAGCCCCAGCCCACAGGGGCAGGCAAACCCACUCCUCGUGGGUGGCACUGGUUCCCAAGCCAGGACAGUGCCUGCCCGGUGCAGAGAUUGCCACCGUCAACCACUCCAGCUCUUUUUUCCACAUUUAUUGCUGAAUUUUUUUUUUUUUUUAAUAUAUUUUUUUUUUUUUAAUUGACAUUGGCAAACUUCCAGAGGGCGCUCAAAAGCCAGGCAGGCUGUCAGCCGACCAAAACGCUGGAGUCUCAGUCGAACGCAGAUUUGUUGGUUUUGGUGUGGUUUUUUUCUUUUAAAGGGAUUUCAAUAAAAGGAAGAACAACUUCAA